CCUACCUACCUACCUACCUACCUCCCUCUGUGCCACUGCUUCGAGCCUCCCGACUUAAAUACUCCAUCACCUGCACUCCCAUCCGGACGAGCCACUCCCACCCCAUCUACUGCUCCCAUCUAUAGUUCUAAAGCUCCGCUCUAUCUUGUCUGGAUCGACAUCAUUUCAACCCUGCCCAGCGCUUGUCAAACAAGAUUCUCUAUCUACCGUAGGCUUUACAAACCCCCGUCACAUCCCCAGACUUGUCCCUAGGACCCAAUCUUCCCGGUACGUGAAUCCCGUCGACCAUCUACGGUGUCAUUGAGGCGUUGCGUCUCUGACACUACGUGGCAGCUCUUCAUAGCCCACGACCACAACAUCACCAAAAUGCCCGCAAGUCAGAUUGCUUCGCCUAUGCCAAUUCCUCCCCAGCGGAGGAAUUUGCGUCUGAUGACGGGCCACGAUCUCUACACCAGUCUCAACGCAACUCUCGCCUCGACCACCCACCGCCCAGUGACGCCCGUUCGUAUGAUCCGAGAGAACGACUACAGCGUACCCGCCCCUCCACCACCAAGCCCAGUCUCUUUCGCUGCGGAACACUGGCAGUCAUCGAUCCGCCGCUAGACUGCCUCAGUCGGGUCUACGACCAAUGAGCAAUAUGCCCUAUGUUCGACACAUACGGGUCUCUUCACUUGUACAACCAGCAUACGGACUAUCAUGGGAGCAAAGGGCAAAAUGGGAUACAGAGAAAAAAGUCAUUCGAAUCGCGAACGGUGUUUACGUUCAAGAGCAGGGCAGGCAACAACGUUGGGGUUUCUUCUUGGUCUGCACAUGGUAUUGGCAACAAAACCCGAAAACUGGUGUUAGCUAGGGACGAGGAGCAUCUACGGAUUGCUCGUAAUUGUAUGAUUGCAUUCGCGCGUACCAAGGAGAAUUGUCUUCCAACUAUGAAAUCACAU